CUGAUAUAUUUUGACUAUUAGUGAUGAUUAUAGGAUUCAUUAACUUUUUUUGAUUGUUAAAUAAAGUACCUCUAAAAUACUCAUUAUAUAAUAUUUGUAGACUAUCAUUAAAAAAAUUAUUUUAUAUUUGUUUAACGAUACUUAAAUAAUCUUUUAAUUAAAUAUAUAUUUUUUGCUAUAAAAGGAUUCAUCACUUGUAGAAACAAUUAUAUAUAUAUAUUUUAGUUAGUUAUAAUUCAUCAGAAAAAAUAAUGUCAAAACUAUUAGCUCUAUUAGUAUUGUCAUCAGUUAUGGCGAUGACAGUACUCGCCGGCACCGGUAGACGAUUAUCACUUCCCUUAGGCGAAGAAAUGUUAACCAAUAAGAUGGCCGACUAUAUCAAUAGUCUGAACACAACUUGGAAGGCUCAAAAUAAUUUUGCCGGAUAUUCAUUACAAUUUAUCCGCGGACUGAUGGGUGUUCACAAAGAAAACCAGAGAUACCGUUUGCCAAUCUUAACCCAUAAUCUUGAAAAUAUUGAACUUCCCGAUGAGUUUGACUCGAGGACACAAUGGCCUCACUGUCCAUCUAUUCGGGAGAUUAGAGAUCAAGGAUCGUGUGGCUCGUGUUGGGCUUUCGGUGCAGUCGAGGCCAUGUCUGACAGGAUAUGUAUUGGAAGUCAAGGAAAAGUCAUUGUUGAGGUGUCGGCUGAGGACUUGGUUUCGUGUUGCAGUUCGUGUGGUUUCGGAUGUAGCGGUGGUUUUCCUGGUGCUGCCUGGAACUAUUGGGUACACACAGGACUGGUAUCGGGAGGUCUGUACAAUAGUCAUAAAGGUUGUCAACCGUAUGUGAUAGCUGCCUGCGAACAUCACACAACUGGCCACUUAAAACCGUGUGGCGAUAUUUUGCCGACACCAAAAUGUUUGCAUAUCUGCGAAAAGGGCUAUAAUGUGAGCUAUAGUCAGGACAAACACUACGGUCGCAAAUCCUACGGUAUCUCAAACCACGUCCAACAGAUACAGACUGAAAUCAUGACCAACGGUCCGGUCGAGGCUGACUUUACCGUCUACUCGGACUUUGUGAGCUAUAAAUCUGGUGUCUAUCAGAGACACAGUUCCGAAGAGUUAGGCGGACACGCCAUCCGGAUCCUUGGUUGGGGUGUAGAAGAUAACGUUCCCUAUUGGUUGGCAGCCAACUCAUGGAAUGAGGACUGGGGUGAUAAAGGAUACUUCAAAAUACUCAGAGGUAAGGAUGAGUGUGGUAUCGAAAGUGAUAUCAACGCAGGUCUGCCCAAAGUUUAACAUUAUUAACACAAUGACGACCAACCGUUUCAACAAAAAAUAACACAUUUAUUGUCAAUUGAUUUAAACAAGUGUUAUAAGUCUAACAGUUAUCUAAUAGUUUUUAUAAUAAUCAUUUUAUAUACUUUUUUUGUAAUUCUAAAAACAUUAGAUAUUUUUGUUAAAUAUUUUAUUAUGAUUAUUUUAAAUUUAUAUUUUGUAUAAUUUCAUUAAAACACUAUA